UGCACCCCUCCUUUCCUUCUUGAUUAUAGAAAAACUAAACGCUCAGCUCUCUCUCUCCCCUCUCCUCUCCUUUCCUCUCUUCUCUCUCUCUUUCGUGUCUCUGAAGCACAGAGCGCCUUUGGAGAGAGAACUAGCGAGUGAUGGGGUUCGCUUCAUAUAACACUGAAGAAUAGGGUUUUUGCCUUUCUAUUCUUCUCCGCGAAUUCGCUGUGAAAUUAUCUCUCAGAAAAAUAAAAAUAAAGGAGAGCCAAAGCAGGAGGAGGAGGAGAAAGAAGUAAAUUAUGGCCAGUAUUCUGCUCUCAAACCCUACCCUUUCCUCUACUUUCCAGGGCCAAAAACUUGAUAAAUCAUUGUUCUGGUCCAGUUCUAUUAGUGAGAACAAUUCGAAGAGCUCCACCGUGCGUGGCUUGAAUUUCAGGAGCCCUAGAUGCGCAGUGGAUACCCCUUAUGAAGGUAAAAUUCCAAAAUUCCCUCGAAUUCGUGUUUGGGACCCUUAUAGACGCCUCGGCAUAAGUAGAGAAGCUUCUGAAGAAGAAAUUUGGGGUUCCCGCAACUUUCUUUUGGAUCAAUAUGCUAGUCAUGAAAGAAGCGCAGAGUCAAUAGAGGCUGCUUUUGAAAAAUUACUCAUGGAAAGUUUCAGAAAUAGGAAGAAAACUAAAAUUAACUUGAAAAGCAGGUUAAAAAAGAAAGUAGAAGAAUCUCCACCUUGGGUCAAGAACUUGCUUAACUUUGUGGAAAUUCCUCCUACCAUAAUUAUUCUUAGAAGAUUGUUCCUCUUCUCUUUCAUGGCGGGUUGGAGUAUCAUGAAUUCUGCUGAAAGUGGGCCUGCUUUCCAGGUGGCCAUCUCUUUGGCAGCUUGCAUAUACUUCCUCAAUGACAAGUCAAAGAGCUUAGCUAGGGCUUCCAUUAUCGGAUUGGGAUCUCUUGUGGUUGGGUGGAUUUGUGGUUCUUUCUUGGUUCCUACAAUCCCAUCGGUUCUGAUACACCCAACUUGGACGCUUGAACUUCUAACAUCACUGGUGGCAUAUGUCUUCUUGUUUCUUGGCUGCACCUUUCUUAAGUGACAACAUUUGUGUAAUUUAGGUUUUUGUAUUGGCGAAGACUUUCUGUCAUUUUCAUUCUCAUGUCUUUCGCUCAGAGCAUCUAUACUUGUUCUUUUUGAAAACUGAAUAUUUGUAUUUCUUUUAUUGGAUAUGGAAUACGUGUUCUCCCCAAAAAAAUAAUAAUGAGACUCAGGAAUUAUAUGUUAGUUUAUGAAA